AGUGGAGUAACGGCCACAGCUGCAAACGGACGUCGGUAGAGCUCAGCUGCGUACGAAAGUAUUGGGGUGCUCCCACAAUCAAGGGAAGGCAAGCAAAAAAUAUUGUAAAAAAUAUAUAUGUAAAAAAUUAUAGAUUCUAAUUUUUUGUGUGGCGAAAAGUAAAUAAGCAGGAAAAAGAAGUGGUGUUGCCUUGAAAAAUGAAAAUUGGCUAAAAAGCGCAAUGCAAAUAAAAAUUGAAAAAGAAGCAUUUUAGCUCGUUGAAAUUUAAAGAAAAGUGCGUGUGUGUGUGUAUUGUAAAGUGGAAAAAAAUCUCAAAUAUAUGUAUAUACAAAGGGCAGUGAAAAUAUUUUCGUGAAAUUAUAGAUAUACAUAUAUACUACUAUGUGAGAAUACUUAUACAUAUUGCAAGGAGUGCAGCAAAGUAAUUAAAAUAAUAACGAUUUCAAGUAAAAGUUAUAGAAACGUUUUUGGCCGAAGAUAUUGCGUGCAAGUGUCUAUGCUGAAAAGCAAUAGCGAAAUAAAUGUGCCGGAAAUGUGGCUAUGCAAAUUCGAAUAAGUGCGUUUUAAUGCAGAAAUUUUUACAUAAUUGAAAUGGCUGGCGUUCAGCUAAUUUGCUGAUUUAAAUGAAAAAAGAAGAAGUGAAGAAAAGUCUUUAAAAGUGUUAAGGAUUAGUAAAGAAAAAAUAUAUAUACAAAAAAUAUAUGCACAUAUAUAAAUAAAUAUAUUCACAAAUAUCCAGCUUUUUCAACUACGCUAUUAACCUGCUGAUUCGCAACAAAAAAAAAAAAGUAAAUUAAAUUGAAGCUUUUCGUGACGAAAUACUCAUUAAACAAGCUGCUUACAUGUAUAAUUGAGAGGCGGAAGAAAAACCGCUGCUUGCCUAUACACCGACAUAUAUAGCUGCUAGCAUAUAUACACCUCGAUAUAUAUUGAUAUAUUGUUUUGAAUGUCCUCAUUAAGUGCUACCCACAUUGAUAAGCUGCCAAAAAUUAGAAUACGCUCCGUUGUGAUAAAUAAAUGUGAAAAAAGUGCGAAAACGAUUUAGUAUGAGUAGUUGACUGACAGCACAUUGUACGUACAGACGUCUAUAUACACACAUAUAUAUAGGUAUAUAUAUUGAUACGAGUGCUAGAAGCUAGAAGAACUCAAUAAGCUGUGAUUAAAGGAACAAAAGACAUGAGGAGUGGCCGCUGCUCAACACAAAUAAGUAGUUGCAAAGUGGAUAAUACCAUUAUUACACCUGUGUAUUUGGGUGGUGGAAACGCUUUUGAAUUGGAAUACUAAUACAGUUGCAAAUAUUUGAUUUGCAUCAAUAUUGAAGCAGUAGACUUAGCAAAGUUAAAAAAUUCAAUUCAUUUGAAAUUGUGAGACUAUAAUAACAAAAUUGAUGCAAUGUAGCGUGGCGGACUUAUGGUCGGCGAACGCGAUAGAGACCGUGAUACGGUACGCUGGGAAACGGGUGAUGCAACACCGCCCCAAUUUAAUAAUGGAGGUAUGCAAAUGGUCGGACAAUUGCAUGGUGGACAGGCUGCUAGCCAACAACAACAACAACAGCAAAAACAGCAACAAUCUCAACGUGAUCUACAGCUACAACAACAACAAUUGCAACUGCAGCAGCAGCAACAACAAUUAUUGCAACAGCAACAACAACAACAGACCAGUAACUGGAUUGAAGCCGAAACGCUUGGUCGCAACCCGGCAACUGGAUCAACCGGUGCCAUUGGCAACAUCGGUCACAUCCAAGCGCAAGGUUACGGCAUCGGUGUCGGCAUCGGCAUCGGGCUCGACGUCACACACGAACCGAGCGACAACAACGAUAAUCAAGCCUACUACGAUCCAAGCGGUAAUGUCGAUUGGGGCCGAGCGAUGGGAACCGGUGGAGCUAGUUCAUUUGGUUGCGGCACUGGAGCUGUCCCAACAACUGGCAAUCUUGCUUAUAACAAUGACACAACUGCUGCGACAGCCGGCGUCAAUAUCAGUCAACGCAAUCUCAACAAUAUCGCCGGCGGCGGAGGUGGAGGUGGCGGCAGUAUUGGAAACUUGGACUAUGCUGAUGGCGGCAGCAUUACUGGCGCAUCCGCCACAACCACGCACACUGCCGGCGGUCCUAUGGGCAAUGGCGGUAUCGGCGGUGUCGGUGGCAUGGUCGGCGGUGGUAGUCAAAAUAUCGUCGGCAUUGGCGGUGCCAGCACCGGUGCUGGCAGUACCGGCGCUGUUGGCAAAGAAGUACGAUAUGCACCAUUCCCGAUACCAUCACCGACGCAUUCGAAUCCGACAACUUCCCAUCUGCACGGCAGCAUGGGUGCGGGCGCAUUGCAGCGCGCACAUUCCAGAUCCAUGUCCUCCAUACCGCCACCCGAACCCUUUAUGAUAGCGCAAUCGAAGCAAGUUAAUAGUCGCGUCUCCAUCAAUGUUGGUGGCGUUAAGCAUGAGGUGCUCUGGCGUACGCUCGAACGACUGCCGCAUACACGUUUAGGACGUCUACGUGAAUGUACCACACACGAGGCGAUCAUUGAGCUAUGCGAUGAUUAUUCAAUCGUCGACAACGAGUACUUCUUCGAUCGGCAUCCGAAAAGUUUCAGUUCCAUAUUAAAUUUCUAUCGCACUGGUAAAUUGCACAUCGUCGACGAGAUGUGCGUACUGGCAUUUAGUGAUGAUCUCGAGUACUGGGGAGUUGAUGAGCUGUAUCUGGAGUCGUGCUGCCAGCACAAGUACCAUCAGCGCAAGGAGAACGUACACGAGGAAAUGCGCAAAGAGGCUGAAUCAUUGCGACAACGCGACGAGGAGGAAUUCGGCGAAGGCAAAUGCGCCGAAUAUCAAAAGUACUUGUGGGAGCUACUCGAGAAACCGAACACCAGCUUCGCUGCGCGGGUUAUCGCAGUGAUAUCCAUACUAUUUAUAGUCCUGUCUACCAUAGCCCUGACGUUGAACACCCUACCACAACUACAACACAGUGAGAAUGGUACACCAUCUGAUAAUCCGCAAUUGGCUAUGGUUGAAGCCGUUUGCAUAUCGUGGUUCACCUUAGAAUAUAUACUUAGGUUUAGUGCAUCACCGGAUAAAUGGAAAUUCUUUAAGGGUGGCCUUAAUAUAAUCGAUCUAUUGGCAAUACUCCCAUAUUUUGUUUCCCUAUUCUUAUUGGAGACGAAUAAAAAUGCAACGGACCAGUUCCAGGAUGUGCGCCGGGUGGUGCAAGUAUUUCGCAUCAUGCGCAUCCUGCGAAUCCUUAAGCUGGCCCGUCACUCAACGGGCCUGCAGUCGUUAGGCUUUACGCUACGUAAUUCAUAUAAGGAACUCGGUCUACUAAUGCUGUUCCUGGCAAUGGGCGUUCUCAUAUUUUCUUCGCUGGCAUAUUUUGCCGAAAAGGAUGAAAAGGAUACAAAAUUCGUUUCAAUACCGGAAACAUUUUGGUGGGCGGGUAUUACAAUGACAACUGUUGGCUACGGGGACAUCUAUCCCACUACUGCACUGGGAAAGGUUAUUGGUACUGUGUGUUGCAUAUGCGGUGUUCUGGUAAUCGCUUUGCCUAUUCCCAUCAUCGUUAACAAUUUUGCUGAAUUUUAUAAGAAUCAGAUGCGACGCGAGAAGGCGCUCAAGCGGCGUGAGGCGCUCGAUCGGGCCAAACGUGAGGGCAGUAUUGUAUCAUUUCAUCAUAUCAAUUUGAAAGAUGCCUUCGCCAAAUCGAUGGAUCUCAUUGAUGUCAUUGUGGAUACAGGUGAAAAGAACACAUUAAUCGAACAACCGCCACCGCCAACUUUCAGCACGCCGCGACGUCGUGCGCUCUCGGCGCGCAUACAGGAAUUGAAUCGCAGCUUGUUGGAGGAGCGUGAAGCGCAAAAUCAGAAUAGUUCCAGUGAUAAUGAGGAUAGUAGAUAAUUUUUAAUGCAAACGAAAUGCAAAUGGCUGCUCCGCAUGAUAACGGUGAAAUUACAGCAACAACAGGAAGAACUACUGGAGUGUUUGGUGGAGCAGAGAAUACGUUUGAUAAUACAUUUGAACAAGGGCACAUAUAAAUACUAGAUUAUUCGAGUGUAUAGAGUUCAAAUUUUUUUUGAACGAGCGUUUAAAUAUGAGGGAUUAUAGAAGACGUUAGAUAUAUACACCUACAUAUACAUAUACGAACUUAGAAUAUAAUCACACACAUUCCCAUACAAACAUAAACAUUGUAGGCAAUACACAUGCAUACACUUACACAGGCAUUUAUAUGCAAAUACCCUGCAGUGAAAUGCGUUAGUUCAAAACCAACUUACGACUAGUACGAAUUCAACUAAUCCUGCAACUAUAUUCGACUUAAGGCACGCAUAAAAUACGUAAUGAAACGAAACUUCCAUGAUACCUUUAAAUGAUAUCAGUAUUAAAAUUUUUUAUUAAUUUUGUUAUUUGAUUUUUAUCAAAAUUUCAAAACAUGUGGCAACCCAUUCCAAAAAUAUAUUUCUUACAGAUAUCCUUCUUAAAACUGUUUAGUUUUUAUACACAUAGUGUAAAAUUUCAAUAAUUUAUUAAUAAUAUUUAACUAGAUGGCAACUCUUUUCAAAAAUAUUUUACUACCUGCGAUCUUUCCGAAACACAUUUAUUCUGAUACCCACAUUUUAAUUUCAAUUCAUUUGAAUAACAACAACUUAAAUAGAUGGCAACUCUCGUCAAAAAUAUUUACGCCUGCAUUAUUUUUUUAAUCAUUUAAUUUUUACAUCCUUAUUGUAAUUAUUAGUUUAUUUUUACAAUUUUGUUGAGAACAAAUAUCUUACGACUAGUACGAACACAACUAAUCCGCCAACUGUCUGUUUUUUAACUGAAUACGCGCACGAAAGCCCUAACAUUGAACUAUAUAUGAAGAAGAAUGAAUAUUCGACAAUUUAUUUAUGUCAAAAUUUUCAAACAGGUGGCAAUCCAAUCCGAAAACAUACACCUGACUGACUUCUUUCUUAAAACCCGUAAUAUAAAAUUUAUUAUGUUUUUUUUUUUAAUUUUUUUGAAUAAAAUAUUUAAAUAGAUGGCAACUCUUCUCAAAAAUAUUUACGCCUGCAAUCUUCUGGAAAACUCUUCAGUUUGACACCCAUAUUGUAAUUUUCAUUCAUUUUUUCCAUAAAUUUAAAUAACAAUAAUUUAAAUAGAUGGCAACUCUUCUCAUGUAUACGUCUGCAAUCUUUUAUAAGCCAUUUUAUUUCGACAACGACACUGCAAAAAUUUGUUUACUUUUAUAGUUUUAGUGAAUAUAAUCUUUAAAACGGGUGGCAACACUCAACGAAAAAUAUUUUCUAUUACUAGCGUUCUAAACCCACUUGUAAUAAUUGGUUUUCCUUACUACUAAUAUUCAAUAAAAAUUUCAAACAUCUGGCAACCCUCGUAAAAUAUUUUGUAACUCUAAGUCUUCUUAAACCGAUUUAGUUAAAUACCAUAUUUCUGUGUUUGUAGAAACAGUUUUUCACACACAAAUUUACAUACAAGUGGCAACCUACAAUUUUUUUCACUAACCCAUACUCUAAAUUAUACCAAUGCAUACUACGUAUUGCUUCACUGCAGGGUAUAUACAAAACACGCACACAUUCAAAUGUUAGUGAAUAUAUACUAUAUACAUGAAAAGCUUAUUGUUGUGCAUAAACCUAGACCUGUUGAAUUAAAUGCUUAGCUCUUUAUAUGCAUACAUAAUAAUGUGCAACAAAUCCUACAUUCUAUAAUUAAGUCUUAGCAGUUGCGAACGUUGCAAUACCAAUGAACUUGUGCACUUAUGUUCAACAAAAUAAUCCUACAUAUAUACAAACCUAAUUUUCAAGGCAGAAAAUAGCAUAACUAUAUUUACAUAUACAUAGACAAGCAAAAGCGCUGCAUAGAAGUUGACAUUAUAGAAAACCUUAUGGUUAAAAAUCGUUAUAAGCCAUAAAAGUUGUUGGCAUAUUGUGCUCGAGCGCAUUUUUUUAUACACAUAACUGUGCAAUAUGCAGACCAGCAAUAUAAAGCAAACAUAAAAAGUACAUAAAAACAUAAGCUUCCAAUAGAGAAUAUUUCAACUUCCAGCAAAAUGCUUACCACUAAAAUAAAUAUAUAGAUUUAAACAAACAAAAAACAACAACAACCAAAAUGCGAACUUCAAGUUGUAGGUAUUUUUUGCAUUUUUAUUUAAUAUUUUUUUUUUAUUUUAACAUAAUUUUUUAUUUUAAUAUUUUUUUUAAAUUUUUGCAAAUCCAAAUGAUUGCUGUGUUCCAGUAAAUAAUUUUAAAAAAAAUGUAUAUACAUACAUAUAAAUGCGAAAUUGUUGUAUAAAAGAUUUAUAGAUGUCAUUCCAUUUACAAAACCAAAAGCAAAAUGCAAAACACAAAAAAAAAUUGUAGUAUAUUCAAAUAUAUUUAUGUAAGAUUAACGAAUUCCAAGGCUUGAAAUAUUUUAUACACCAAACAAAAUUAGGCUGCAAGUAUAUAAUACUUGUUGUUGUUACUAGUAAUACAUAAAUACAUGAUAUAUGUAGUAUAUUAAAUUUUGCAUACAAUUGUAUAGAUUUACAUACAGACAUACAUACAUAUGUACGUAGUUUUUAACGAAAAGCGAAUGUUAGUUAUACACAAUCCAUUUACAUACAUAUAUACUAGGUUGUAAAGUAAAGUACAGUUAGUGUGAGAAGCGUAUAAGCAGCGUG